AUGGAGCCCCCGACCGGCACCGAGAGCGCCCACCUGGUCAGCCCGCGGGACGGCCGCGCCGACGGCAGCCUGCGCCUCAAGAGGUACCGCCGGCACCCCGGCACCCCAUCGCCCCCGCACCCCCAUCAUCCCGGCACCACCAUCUCCAUCACCGGCACCUCCAUCACUGGCACCUCCAUCACCCCGAGACCAGCAUCUCCACCACCGGCACCUCCAGCACCCUGGCACCCCAGCACCUCCAGCAUCUCCAUCACCGGCGCCCAGAAUCCCCUGCCACCACCGGCCCCCCUGGCUCCGGCUCCCCGGUGCUGCUGCAGCCCCCCCAGCCCCAGCCCCGGCCGGGGCAGGCUCCAGGCCCGUCGGCAGCUGAGCAUCGCCUGCACCGUCUGCUGUUUCUUCAUGGUCGGGGAGGUGAUAGGUGGGUACCUGGCACACAGCCUGGCCAUCAUGACGGAUGCAGCCCACCUGCUGACAGACGUGGGCAGCAUGUCCGUCAGCCUCUUCUCCCUCUGGGUCUCUACCCGCCCACCCAGCAAGACCAUGAGCUUCGGCUGGCACCGCUCAGAGACACUGGGUGCACUGGCCUCUGUCCUCUCCAUCUGGGUCGUGACUGGGGCCCUCGUGUACCUGGCGGCCGCCCGCAUCAUCAGCAAUGACUACGAGAUUGAGGCACAAGCCAUGCUGGCUACAGCUGCCAGCGCCAUCGCAGUCAACCUGGUCAUGGCCUACAUCCUGCACCAGUCCCCCACCGGCCACUGCCACGGCACAGGGGGCUACGAGCAGCUGGAGAGCUCCAGGGGCUGCCUGCCCAGCCAUGCCCCCCUGCCCGGCAGCACCAGUGUCCGUGCAGCCUUUGUCCACGUGGUGGGUGACCUGCUGCAAAGCGUCGGUGUUCUUGUGGCUGCCACCAUCAUCUACUUCAAGCCCCAGUGCAAGAUUGCAGACCCCAUCAGCACCCUCUUCUUCUCGGUCUUUGUCCUUGGCUCCACCUUCACCAUCCUCAGGGACGUCUUCAGAGUCCUCAUGGAAGGGACACCGCGGGGCCUCGAUUUUGAUGUGGUGAAGGAGGCGCUGCUGCGGGUGAGCGGGGUGAAGGGUGUCCAUGACCUGCACCUCUGGGCCCUGACACUGAGCCACCAUGCUGUGUCAGUGCACGUGGCUGCCGAGACCAGCGCCGACCCCGAGAUGGUGCUGCAGGAAGCCACCACCCAGCUGCAGAGCAGGUUUGGCUUUGCCUCAUGCACGGUGCAGGUGGAACGGUACCGGGAGGAGAUGGCAGCCUGCCAGCACUGCCAGGACCCCUGCACCUGAGACCCUCACACGCUGCGGUGCUGGGUCAGGCCUGGCCCCCACCCCAUGGGCAAGUGGGAGCUGCCUCUGGAGCACAGAUGCAGUGCAGGAGUGGGGACAG